AAAAUCAAAUUCCAUACGUUUAUAAUAAACAUUUUUUGAGAUUCUUUAUCAUGUAUUUAUUAUUGUUAUUUAAGAUAAUAUUUGUAAACGCAAUAACAGUAAAGUCUAUGUCUGAUGAUUAUGUCAUUAACAAUAAAAGAUUUCCUGUUGAUUUUAUGUUCGGUGUAGCAACAUCUGCGUAUCAAAUAGAAGGGGCUUGGGAUGAAGACGGUAAAGGCGUCAGUAUCUGGGAUCAUUUCACUCACACAAACUCUUCUGUUAUAAAAGAUAAAAGCAACGGAGACAUAUCUUGCGAUUCUUAUCACAAAAUUAAAGAUGAUGUCGCUUUAUUGAAAAACUUAGGUGUUAACCAUUAUAGGUUUUCGAUAGCUUGGACCAGAAUUAUACCAAACGGUUUUCGAGGUGAUGUUAAUCAAAAAGGAAUUGAAUAUUAUAAAACUUUGAUAAAAGAAUUGAAAGAUAAUAAUAUAGAACCGUUGGUUACAUUGUACCAUUGGGAUUUACCACAAUUUUUACAAGAUUUGGGUGGUUUUUUCAGUGAUUCUUUAUCUGUAUGGUUCGCCGAAUAUGCAAGAGUUUGCUUCGAAGCUUUCGGUGAAGAUAUUAAAUAUUGGGUUACUUUUAACGAGCCCAAAUCAAUUUGUAAUAAUGGAUAUGGUAAUGGUAGAUCAGCUCCUGGUAUUUAUAAUCCUGGUAUUGGUGAAUAUAUUUGUAUUCACAAUCUUAUUAAGGCCCAUGCUGCAGCUUACCACGUGUAUGAUAAAGAAUUUAGGGACAAAUAUCAUGGUAAAGUGACCUUGGUACAUAGUGUAAGUUACUGUCAAGCUAAAACUAAUAGUUCUGAAGAUAUUGAAGCAGCUGAACGAAAUAUAUUGUUCAAUUUAGGAUGGCUGGCAGAUCCCAUACAUUUUGGGGAUUAUCCCGAAGUUAUGAAAAAUAGAAUUGCCAUGCGUAGUAAAGCUGAAGGUUUCAUAAAAUCGCGUUUACCCGAGUUUACCGAAGAAGAAAAAGCGUUAAAUAGACAUACUUCUGAUUAUUUUGCCAUAAAUUCUUAUAAUUCCUAUUUCGGUUAUGCCAUAGACGAGCCCCCAAUUGUUUUGCCACCAAGUAUAGAUAACGACACCGCCGUGGGGGUAACUUUUGAAAAAGCAGGGGAUGGUUCUUUUGGGAUGGGAAAAUUAUUAUUAUGGAUAAAAGAUAGAUACGAUAAUCCCGAUAUGAUAAUUACUGAAAAUGGUUUGAUGACUGAAACCGAAACGUUGGAAGACGAUGAUAGAAUAAGUGUGGUUAGAAACUGUUUGAGUCGAUUUAGAGAUGUUAUGGAUGAAGUAAAGUUAUUAGGUUACACACUGUGGAGUGUCAUGGAUAAUUUUGAGUGGACACGUGGAUAUACAGCAAAGUAUGGCAUUUAUCACGUAGACUUCAACGAUCCAAAUAGAACGAGAACUGAGAAGAAAUCAGGAGCUUGGUAUAAAGAAUUAAUUAAAACACGAUGUUUAACAGAUGAAUGUGUUGAAUAAUAAUAGUGGAUUAAUAAAUAUUUUAAUAAACUAAUAAA